ACACAUUCAUAAACUGGCGUGGGAAAGAUCAACGUAACGCAUUUAGCCUUUAAUUUAUAACUUAUCAGAAGCAACAAUUGACAAUAAAAGGAAAGCAAAAAUUGUGUGGCUGAUAUCUGCUGCUAAAUACUCAUCGUAAAAAAGACAGACUCAAAUUCCAUAAUGGAGAAAUAUCUCGAACAACUGGUUGAAGUGACCAAGAGCAAGAUGGAGGGAGAUGAGCACUUUCAGCAACAGUUACUUGUAAAGACUGAAAGGAACAGCAACCUGCUGGAUGAAAUGACCAAGAGCCAGCAUGAGGGAACCCAUCAGCUUCAGCAACUGAUUCUGGAAAUGGAAAUGAACAAAACACAGCUGACUGAAAUGAAUAAGGCCCAGAAAGAGGGAAACCAUCAGCUGCAGCAACUGAUUCAAGAAAUGAACAAGAAACAGCAAGAGGAAACCGUUCAUCUUAAGCAACAGUUUCUUGGAAUGCAAGAUGAGCAAAGAGAGAUAUUAAAUGUCUUACAUCAUCUACAGCAAAAAAUAAGUCCUCGGGUCAUAGUUGAAGAGGUUCCCAGCAUCAGCACUAAACCUGUGGAAGAUUCCAGCGCUUCAGGUGAUAGUGUGAGUGUGAGCGAAGCAGCAACUGGAGCAAUAAUGAUACAAGACAGUGACACUGAUGAUGAAGAAACAAGCAAGGGUGGUGUGGCUCCUGCCAAUGAAAGACGAAUUCUUCCAUCCCAGACUGUGAAAAGCUUCACCAUUAAAAGUUCAGGUAUUGACAAGCUUGAGUCACAGAGUUGGUUGCACAGGAGACAGAAAGGUACUCAGAAGAAAGUACGACAAGAUUUUCUGUCAGAAGCAAUUGAAAAACUCUUCAGGGAAAACAAACUCCCCAUUAUCUGCAAGAAAACAAAAGGAAUUCUCAACAAAAAUAAGUUGACCAAAACAGGUUCACGGUCUGUUUUGUCUAACGGUGUGUGGUUCUUUGCUGGUGAAUUUGAAAUUUUAUCUGGAUGGAAAAAUUCAAAAAAUUGGAAGAAGAGCAUUUAUAUUGACAUGGAAGAGGUGAAGAAAAACUCAAAUGGACCUUGUGGGCAAAACAAUUGUCGAAGAAUAUAUCUGUAUGACUUUUUUAAGCAAAUAAAAUUUGUUCCUGCUUUGCAGCAAGUGGACAAAUCACUCAUUAGGAAAUAUCAACAUUUAUUUCAACCAUGAAGAUCACUUGGAUGCAUGAAAUUUUCUUCUCCUUUACUCUUGUUGUUUUACACCUAAAAUAAAACAAUCUUCUUCUUUCUGCUGCUCCUGUUAGGUGUUGCCACAGCGGAUCAUCUUCUUCCAUA